AUGCAGUUAACAACCGGACAAAUUACGAUAUGGACUCAGUAUAUCAGACCGAGUGCAGAAUUUCUACCAAACAUACCAGUAACAACUUUUCAAUCAUCAUCGGAUCACUAUUGGAAGCCUAGCAUCGACUUCGAAAACGCUUGUACUUCACUUCAAGAUACCUUGAACGACAUCCUGAACCCACUGUGUUUUGACGUCUUCAUCAUAGGUGGCGACUUUAACGCACGUGUGGGCCAAAUCCAGCGCUCCGUUCCAUUAAUCUUGGAGGACACACCACUAGAGUUCACGCGCACUACACAGGACCAUACAACAAAUGAAAAAGGCUAUCUGCUGAACAACCUGAGGGAUGAAAAUGGUUUUGUACUUCUCAACGGAAGAACUCCAGGCGACAUACCUGGUAAAUUCACUUUUGGAAAUGCCUUGGGUAAAAGUACGAUUGACCUAGUGUGGGUACAUUACUCAAGUCUCGCCUUUGUAAAGGACCUAUCAGUCAGACACAUUAUAUCACAGUCGGCCCACUUCCCCGUAGCUAUAACACUAGCUCUUCCUUUACCAGAGUCUGCUCUCGCAACAAAUGCACCGCCUCAACCAUCACUCAGGUGGAAUUCAAAAUACGCAGCACGGUUCAAAACCAAUUUGCAACGGUCACCUCUGGUGAGCCAAAAUUUCCUGUCAUCCUCUUGCAGCAACCUGUAUCAGACUCUAACAGAGGCAAUCACCCAGGCUGCCGACGGCUCUAAUAUGUAUUGCUUACUUUCUUUAACAUACAAGCCAAUCAGCGCCCGCUGGUUCGACGACAAAUGCAGAAGCAGGAAACGGUUAGUCUCCAACUACUUGCACAUCUGUAAAGGGGAGGGAUCCACCUCACUUCUAUGGAAUUACUUUUAUGCUGCCACAAAGCACUACUAUGCCCUGAUCAGACGCAAGAUAUCCGAACAUCAGACAAAGAUUUCAAACCUGUUCGCUAACACCAAUAACUCUACGGAUUUCUGGAGAACCGUCAACGGCGAAGUUCCCCAAGAGUGGUACAAAGUCUGCAUGUUCAUGCUGCACAAAAAAGGAGAUACUAGUAACCCUCAUAAUUACCAGGGCAUAGCUCUCGUGAACUGCGUCACAAAAAUUUUCACCAGUAUCAUCAACGAACGUCUGAGGUUUUGGGCUGAAACAAACGGCCUACUACCGGAGGAACAGGCAGGCUUCAGAAAGGGCAAAAGCUGUGGCGACAACGUCUUCACCCUUCAGUCCAUCUUACAACUAUUCAUAAGACAUAAGAGAGCUUCCGCACUAGUACUUCUCAUCGAUUAUGUCCAAAACUCCUCAACAUCCUGA